UCGUCGUAUGACAUUUAUUGCAUGUUUGUAGUUACUUCUUGUGAUAACGUUGAGAAGAUUAUGCUUUCUGAGUUUUCGUUUCACUGUUCUCAACAGAAACUUAGCGGUCUUACAUCGCAUUGCACGUAUCACAAGAAGAGCAUCUUUGUGCCAAAGUUAGCAAGUGCACACAACAGUAGCUUGUCUUGCUAAGCUAGCUAGUUAGCACUGUGCCAGGCUUAAGAAGUUGCUGUGCUCUAUGGAAUGGUAUCCUUUGGACACUGUCUAUUGCUGAGGAGGUAAGGUGCGGACACCACCGUAGACCUCCCGUUACAGGUUGAUGCACUGAAGAACUGAUCACUUGGACAAUGUAUGAAAAUGUCCCAACAGUCUCCAGUCAGGAGCGCCAGCAGGUGCUGCAGGCCCUGGAGCGUCUCCAGUCCAAGCUGGUCCAGAGGGAGGAGUGGACCCACAGCGAGAGGCUGGCCGAGCUGAGGGAGGCCCUGCAGAGCCCACUGCUAGGACACAUCCUCACCCUCCAGCACUCCAUCAAACAGCUCAAAGAGCAGCUAAACUGCAUGCCGCCGGAUGCCUGCAGCGAGUUCAACUUCUCCAGGAAGGGCCAGCUGAUAGUCAGCGCCAGUCGCCCAGCCAGUAGCCUGGCCACGUCCGGCCAGGCCUCUCUCCUGUCCAAUAGCGCGUCCCCGUCCCCAGCAGGUCGCCCCUCCCCCGGCCAGCUCCAGAGAUGGAUCGACAGCGUGGCCAAGGGGCGCCAGACGGAGCACAUCUCCCUGCCCAAGCCCCUCUCUGGGGGUCUGGGCUUCAGCGUGGUGGGCCUGCGUCCGCAGGGAACCGGGGGCCACGGGGUCUUCAUCCGACAGGUGCAGCCUGGGAGCGUGGCACACAGAGACGGGCGACUGCAGGAGAACGACCAGGUCCUGGUGAUCAGCGGCACGGCUCUGGACCAGAGCGUGACCCAGCAGCAGGCCCUGGCCCUGCUGCAGCAGCCUGGGGAGCGGGUGGAGCUGGUGGUGGCCAGGGACGGAGCCCCAACGACGGCCCCGUGGCCCGGAACGGCCCCGUGGCCCGGCACGACCACGCCCAUUCACACGGAGCAGUGGGGCCACGUGGAGCACAUCGAGCUGCUGAACGACGGCUCCGGCCUGGGCUUCGGCAUCGUGGGGGGCAAGGCCACCGGCGUGGUGGUCAGGACCCUCGUCCCCAACAGCGUGGCGGACAAGGACGGGCGCCUGCGUACGGGCGACCACAUCCUGCAGAUCGGGGAGACCCCCACCCAGGGGCUGGCCAGCGACCAGGUGGUCAAGGUGCUGCAGGGCUGCGGCAGCCGCGUGCACAUGCUCAUCGCCCGCGACCCCCUGGUCCAGACCCCCGUGGCGGGGCCCCCCCUGCCCCCUCCCCCGCCCAGCGCCGCCCCCGUCUCCUCCCUGCCCCCUCCCCCGCCCAGCGCCGCCCCCGUCUCCUCCCUGCCGCCCCCCGCGCUCACCCAGCGCAGGGUCAGCAGCACCCCCAACCUGGAGGGCUAUGAGAUCCACGAAGUGCCUCUAACCAAGAAGGAGGGCCAGAGCCUAGGCAUCUCUAUCAUUGGCUACAACGCCUUAACCAGCGAAGACGCCGUGGGUGUGUUCGUGAAACACGUGGUGCCGGGAAGCGCCGCCGAGCAGAGCGGGAACAUCCGCGUGCAUGACAGGAUCAUAGCGCUGGACGGGGUGAGUCUGCAGGGCUUCACCAACCAGGAAGUGCUGCAUGUGAUGAAGCAGACGGGCCAGACAGUCCACCUCACCCUGGUCAGGAAGAUGGCCGCCCCCAAACCCACAGCCCGCGUCCUGGAGAGAUCCCUGGACAAAGUCCAGAGAGAGCCGUCGCGCGUCUCCCUGAAGAGGUCGUCCGAGGUCAAGGCGCGGUCCUCAGACCUCCAGAGGGCCCCCGGGGCCCCCAGCCUCCCCCUGGAGGCCCCGCAGUCCAGCCUGGACACCAGCAAAACACAGCUGGCCAGAGGUGUCGAGGCGGUCUCAGUGACGGAGCAGGAACUCAGGGCUAAAUGGGAGCAGGCCCUGGGCCCUCAGUACGACGUCAUGGUUGUGGAGCUGGACCCAGUCAUCGAGGACGACGCUGAGCUCCAGAAGUUCUCCAAGCUGCUGCCCAUCCACACCAUGCGUCUGGGGGUGGAGCUGGACUCGUUCGACGGCCAUCACUACAUCUCCUCGAUCGCCCCCGGGGCUCCGCUCGCCAAGCACGGAGCCCUGAGGCCUGAGGACGAGCUGCUGGAGGUGAACGGGGUGCAGCUGUACGGGAAGUCGAGGCGGGAGGCGCUGGCGUUCCUGCGGGAGGUGCCCCCCCCCUUCACCCUGGUGUGCUGCAGACACCUGGCCCAGGAGGAGGGCAGCGAGUACCAGCCCGACCCAGAGGACUGGGGCUCCCACGGCCCCGACGCCCGGCUGGACGAGAUUGAACUGAAGCUGUCCUCUAUUCUGGCCGGACAGCCUUCCACCAGAGACACUGGCUACGACCAGCUCUCGGACCAUGUGACCUUGGAGGAGGAGCCUGUGGACCUCACGCCCCAGGACCACAGGGACCCCGAGGAAGAGGAAGAGAAGGAGUGGGAGGAAGAGGAAGAGGAGGAGGAGGAGGAGGAGGGAGAGCUGGCUCUCUGGUCCCCUGACGUCCAGGUUCUGCAGCUGGAGAAGGGAGAAAAGGGCCUGGGCUUCAGCAUCCUGGACUACCAGGAUCCGGUGGACCCCUCUCGCUCCGUCAUCGUGGUGCGCUCGCUGGUGCCCGGGGGCGUGGCGGAGCGCGGCGGGGCCGUGCUCCCGGGGGACCAGUUGGUGUUUGUCAACGCCACGCGGCUGGACGCCUGCAGCCUGGAGCAGGCCGUGGAGGUGCUGAAGGCUGCCCCGUCCGGCCCCGUGACCCUGGGGCUCCGCAAGCCCCUGGUGGUGGAGGGGGCCGAGGUGAGGGGCCCGGGGCCACAGGCACCCUCCGAGGGGCCGACAGGAGACCGAGACCCGCGGGCGUCUCUCCCACUCACCCACCUGCCUGUGCCCAAGGGCUUCGGCGACGGCUCCAUCCUCCCGGAGGACCUGCGGCAGGAGGAGGAGGAGGAGGAGGAGGAGCCAGAGCUCAUCCUGGACGGAGGCCUCCCUCGCUACGCCUCACCUCUCACCAACGCCCUCCUCCACCCCACCCCCACGCUGACCCCCUCACGCACCCCCGCCCACACCCCCACCCUCCCCCUCCAGGAGCGAGAGAUGGCUGUGGAUGAGGAGGAUGAGGAGGAGUUGGCAGAGAGGGAGGUGGAGGUGGGGGAGGGGGAAGCGGUGGCGUCCUACCCCGGAAAGAUGCCUCCAUCCUGGGAAGAAUGGAAGCGCCUGGACUCCUCCUCCAGCCUCCCACCGCCAGCUGAACAGGCUGGAGAGCGACAGGAGGAUGACGACGAGGACAUAGCUCAAACAGGAAGUGUUGUGGAUGAGAUUCAGAGACCAGGCCCAGAACCCAGAAUGCCAGUUGGUCAGCUUUCCCUUGGACAAUCACUGGAUUCCUGGGCAGACAGCGAGGCUGACUCAGAACUCACCUUGACUGACACAGACACAGAGUCUGUGCGUGUGAUCGACACCGAAAAGAGGAAGAGGAGGAGCCAGGGUGGAGCAGCUCCACCAAUCAGAGGAGACCAGAGUGACCUACCAGAGAGGGAGGAGGGAGAGGGAGAAGAAACCCCGACCUUCAGCCACUGGGGACCCCCACGGAGAGUGGAGGUGUGGCAGGAGUCGGGAGAGUCAUUGGGCAUCAGCAUCGUGGGCGGGCGCAGCGUCAUCAAGCGCCUGCGUAACGGGGAGGAGCUGAAGGGCAUCUUCAUCAAGCAUGUGCUGCCUGACAGCCCAGCCGGGCGCACACAUGCUCUCAAGACUGGGGACAAGAUCCUGCAGGUAUCCGGUGUGGAUCUCCAGAGUGCCAGUCAUGAGGAUGCAGUCCAGGCCAUCAAGGCAGCACCCAGUCCUGUGGUGUUCGUCGUGCAGAGUCUGUCUGCUACCCCACGGCCUGUGUCUCUAACAGCACCCAGUUACAUCAAACACAAGGCAAAGAAGAAAGCCAUGCCGAAGGCAGUACUGGGUGGGCCCCCACCUCCGACUAGACUCCCCCCUCCCUACCGCCCCCCCAGCCAGGUGGACGAGGAGCAGGACAUGGAGGAGCUGGAGGAGGUCAAAGAGCGCAUCAGGCAGCGCUACGGGGAGCUGUCCGGGGAGCUGCUGUGUGUGGAGCUGGAGAAGGAGAAGCAGGGUCUGGGCCUGAGCCUGGCUGGGAACAGGGACCGCUCGCGCCUCAGCAUCUUCGUGGUGGGCCUGAACCCCGGGGGGGCCGCCGCCAAGGACGGGCGCAUCCGCGUGGGGGACGAGCUGCUGGAGAUCAACAACCAGGUGCUGUACGGACGCAGCCACCAGAACGCCUCCGCCAUCAUCAAGACCGCCUCCUCCAAGGUCAAGAUCAUCCUCAUCAGGAAUGAAGAUGCUAUCAACCAGAUGGCUGUGCCUCCCUUUCCUAACCCACCUGCUGCCCUCCCGGUCGCUGAGGUCCCCCCCCCCACCCCGGCGGUUCAGCCCCCCUCAGAGAAGCCCCUGCCCCCAGACACCCUGGGCCUCACCCCUGAGAUGCCCCCCACGAAGGAGCAGGUGUGUGUUGCGUCCACCACAGAGCUCGUCUCCAGAGACAGCGGCCCCAAGAGCCUCCGAGAGGGGGAGACGAUGUCCAAGAAGCUGAGGUCGUCCGAGAAGGUUCCAGAGAGCAGUGAGAGUGUUCCUCGGACAGGCCCUGGCCCGCAGGAGAAGACUUCCAGCUUGCCCAGGGUCUCUGGGAGCUCCAGCAAGCUGCCAGCGAGGCCUGCCGAUGGGCCUCUGUCUCCCCCGGCCCCCUCCCCUCUGCCCCUCACCAGCCCCGACCUCCCGUCCAGCACCAGAGACCCGGCUACAUGCCCCAUUGUAGCAGGCCAGGAGACGGUGAUAGAGAUAGCUAAGGGCCGCUCAGGCCUGGGCCUCAGUAUCGUAGGGGGCAAAGACACCCAGCUGGAUGCCAUAGUGAUCCAUGAGGUGUAUGAGGAGGGCGCAGCAGCUCGAGAUGGCAGACUCUGGGCUGGAGACCAGAUCCUGGAGGUGAACGGGGUGGACCUGCGCGGCGCCGCCCACGAGGACGCCAUCGCCGCCCUGAGGCAGACCCCAGCCCUGGUGCAGCUGGCCGUCCUGAGGGACGAGGCGCAGUACCGCGACGAGGAGAACCUGGAUGUGUUCCGCGUGGAGCUGCAGAAGAAGAGCGGACGAGGCCUGGGCCUCAGCAUCGUGGGGAAGAGGAACGGUACGGGUGUGUUCAUCUCUGACGUGGUGAAGGGGGGCGCGGCAGAGCUGGACGGACGUCUGAUGCAGGGGGACCAGAUCUUGUCGGUCGACGGGGACGACAUGAAACAGGCCUCGCAGGAGACGGUGGCCGCCAUCCUCAAGUGUGCCAGGGGAACGGUGGGCCUAGAGCUGGGCCGACUGAAGGCCGCAUCCUGGAUCUCCUCCAGACGCACCUCCCAGGGAAGCCAGAUGAGCCACGUCAGCUGCUCCAGCCUCCCUCCACACACCACCAACCCUGCGCCAAGCUCCGCCCACAACCCUGCACCAAGCUCCGCCCCUGCCCCCAGCCUCGCCCCCAACAACGCGCCCAGCUCCGCCCCCAGCCCCGCUCCCCAGCCCCUCAACAACGCCCGGAGGCCCACCACCGAGAGCAUGACGUCAUCAAAGAGCGCCGGGCCAGAUACAGGGAUGCGUACUGUGGAGAUCACACGGGGUCCCAGUGAUGCUCUGGGUAUCAGUAUAGCAGGAGGGAAGGGGAGCCCUCUGGGGGACAUCCCUAUCUUCGUGGCCAUGAUCCAAGCUAACGGAGUCGCAGCCAAAACACACAGGCUCAAGGUGGGGGACAGGAUGGUCAGUAUAAAUGCCCAGUCCCUGGAUGGGAUGUCCCAUGGGGAGGUGGUCAACAUCCUGAAGAACGCCUACGGCAUCAUCACCAUGCAGGUGAUAGCUGACACCAAUAUCAGUGCCAUAGCCAGUCAGGUGGAGAGCCUGUCCACCUGCUCCAGUCUCCCUACCAGCCCAGAGUCCCUGCCCCCAGAGCCAGAGCCCCCCCGGGCCAGGAGUAUCUGUCUGGAGAAGGGCAGCGAGGGGCUGGGCUUCAGCAUCGUGGGGGGGUUCGGGAGCCCCCACGGAGACCUGCCCAUCUACGUCAAGACCGUCUUCAGCAAGGGGGCAGCAGCCAUGGACGGUCGGCUGAAGCGAGGCGACCAGAUCCUGUCUGUGAACGGGGAGAGUCUGGAGGGGGCCACUCACGAGCUGGCCGUGGGCCUGCUGAAGAAGCAGAGAGGUGCCGUCACGCUGAACAUACUGUCCUAGCUCUCUCUCUCUCACACACACACACACCUCCAAACAAAGUCACUCUCACACACCCUCACCUAGACACAAGUUCUCACCUCCACACACACACACACACACACCUCCACACACGCACCCUCACCUAGACACAAGUUCUCACCUAGACUCACACAAACACUCUUACACUUACACACUCUCUUACAUAUUCAGCUACGUACUCACACGCACACUCUCACAAACGCACACCAACUCUCACUUAAAAAUACAGACUCUCACACUGACACACUAACUCACUCACAUAGACACUCACACAGACACUCACACACACACACAUCAGUUGGCAAAGGACAACCGAGGGACAUUUGAACUUACCAACAUGCAAAAAAUUAUUAUAAUAAUAAAAAGUAAGAACCAAGUCAGAAGGAGGUGACUCCUGUCCUCCCUGGACCUGUUGGGCACCUCAUGCCCAUCUUCACCCCUUUAGAAGAAAGAGAGAGAGAACUCCAUGCAUGAAGGACUGCCUACAGCCCUGUCCACAGCCCAGCGCAAAGCCCUGCUCACAGCCCAGUGCACAGCCCUGCUCACAGCCCAGCGCAAAGCCCUGCCCACAGCCCAGUGCACAGCCCUG